CGCUAACAAGCAUCACAGGCUGUCCACGGAUUCUUUUUUCUUUUUUUUUUUUUACGACAGUUGGAGAGUCACGUAAAGCAUGUACAGUGGCGACAUCAAGCGGCGCAAUCCAGUGGGCCAGCUACAACAAGGAGUACCAACACAAGAACAGUCUGAUGAAUUCCAUGCAUUCGAUCCUUAUGCGCCUAAUCCCCUCAAACCUGCAUUUCAGCAACAACAGCAUCAACAAUAUGUAAACUACAGUCGAGAACACCCUUCACAUCGCAAUACAUCCAUUUGGCGUGAAUAUUCUUCCAACAAGUAUAUUCGCUUUUACCAACAAAAUGAUUAUAUUCUGAUCCCUGCCGUCCUUACACUGUUGUCAUUCUGGACACGCUUCAGAGAUAUCAAGGCAGCCGAUUAUGUUGUUUGGGAUGAGGCUCAUUUUGGCAAGUUUGGAUCGUAUUAUAUCAAAGGCGACUUCUACUUUGAUGUCCAUCCACCUCUUGGCAAGAUGUUGGUGGGCCUUUCAGGAGCAUUGGCUGGCUAUAAUGGCUCGUUCCCAUUCGAAUCAGGCGCUACGUACCCGGACAUCAAUUACGGAUUCAUGCGAAUUUUCAAUGCCUUCUUUGGUGCGAUCAUGGUCCCAUUCGCCUAUUUUACUGCUCAGGAACUGAAGAUGUCCAGGACUGCUUGUGUCUUUGCAGCUGUCUUGGUCCUUUGUGAUAAUGCUUACCUAACCAUCAGUCGAUUCAUCUUAUUGGACUCGAUGCUUCUGGCUGCCACUUGCUUUGUUUUGUUUUGUCAUACAAAGUUCCGAAAUGAACGCCACGACCCUUUCUCGCUCGAUUGGUGGCUAUGGUUGGCUAUGACUGGUGUUGCGAUCGGAGUUGUGUCGAGUAUCAAGUGGGUCGGUCUUUUUGUCACUGCCUUGGUUGGCUUGUAUACUAUCGAGGAACUAUGGGACCUCUUUGGCGAUUUAAGCAUGCCUAAGACGACCUAUCUUAAGCAUUGGGUUGCACGCGCUGCUUGUUUAAUUGCCUUACCUUUUGCAGUCUAUGUGGCGUCUUUUGCAGCCCAUUUUGCUAUCCUCAGAAACAGCGGUACAGGCGAUGCUCAAAUGAGCUCGCUUUUCCAGGCUGGUCUUCGUGGAAAUCAGUUUUCUAGCAACCCAUUGGAGGUGGCUUUUGGCUCCAAGGUCACGAUUAAGAAUACGGGAUAUGGUGGCGGACUUCUUCACUCACAUGUCCAAACAUAUCCAGAAGGAUCUGGUCAACAACAGGUGACUUGUUAUCACCAUAAAGACAGCAACAACAACUGGAUCAUCAAGAGGCCUUAUGGCGGUUCAUUGGACUUUGAUGAUAUUCAGAUCCUCCACAAUGGGGACUCUGUUCGUCUUGUUCAUGAAUCAACCGGACGUAACUUGCACAGCCACCGCGUUAAAUCACCGAUCACGACGAGUCAAUGGGAGGUCAGCUGUUAUGGAGGCGAUGAUAUCUCUGAUCCUAAUGACGAAUGGGUUGUUGAAGUGGUGGAUGAACAAAGCUCACUCCCACGCAAUGGGAUCGUACGAUCCUUAUCGACCACUUUCCGUUUGAGACAUAAGAUGCUGGGAUGCCUUUUAACUGCAGAGAACACUAAUCUUCCUCAGUGGGGAUUCCGUCAAGUGGAAACAUUCUGUGAUCAGCGCAACCGUACAUCUUCUGCUUAUUCGAUUUGGAAUGUUGAACAACACUGGAAUGACAAGUUGCCACCGGGUGGUGAUAACGUGUAUAAACCUAGGUUCUGGAAGGACUUUUGGCAUUUGAAUGUUGCGAUGAUGACUUCGAACAACGCGCUGAUUCCAGAUCCAGACAAGGAGGACGUCUUGGCAUCUAACCCUAGUCAAUGGCCACUGCUUGCGGUUGGACUUCGGAUGUGUGGCUGGGGGGAUGACAAGGUCAAGUACUAUCUGUUGGGUAAUCCACUUGGGUGGUGGUUCAGCACGUUGUCGAUUGGUGUAUUCAUGGGAACAUUGGGGUUCUAUGUGAUCCGUCGUCAACGCAAGUUUCAGGAUAUUUCACCGGGAGAAUGGGAGAAUUUUCAAUAUGUUGGCAAGACGCUUGUGGGAGGAUGGAUUUUACAUUAUCUUCCAUUCUGUAUCAUGGGUCGUGUGACGUACUUGCAUCAUUACUUUCCAGCGCUUUAUUUUACAUUGUUACUGUUGAGUUUUACGCUGGAUCAUUUCUUGAAUCGACCUCGGGUGAAUGCGCGGGUGAGGACGAUUGUGUGGAGUGUACUAUUUACCUCAAUUGUGGCGACAUUUUUGUUCUUUUGGGAUGUGAGUUAUGGUAUUCGAGGACCUGCUGCACCGCAGAUGAACAAACGUCAAUGGCGUGCUGCUUGGAAUAUUAUUGAUGAUCACAAACCGAAUACUUUUAUUUAGUGGAAAAAGAAAAGAAGAAGAAGAAGAAGAAGAAGAAGAAAAAAGAUACUUGAUAAUCAAUAACAAUAACAUAGUAUAAAUGCAUAAACUCACAUGAUAGUGAACACCCAUUCAACUUGUACUUUACAAGUUGAAAAUAUUAUUAUAAUAAAAAAC